GAGGGAAAGAGAAGUCUUGACGCGUAAACACAAGGAGAAAUUUUUUCACAAGCAAAUAUUGCAAAAAUAAAAUAUUUUCUUGUCAAACAAAAUGUGUUGUUAAUUAAAUAAAGCGGAUUUAAGUUGCUGCAACUAAUAGAAUACAAAAGGAAGAAACAAAAUGGAGGAAUCCUCAGAAAACACAAAGCCAGUCACAACAAUACAGAACCAAAAUCUACAUCUCGUAGAACUACAUUCCAUUGAUAAUGAAAGCACCACCACAAUCAACAACAAUAGCAACCCACAAUCAACACAAGCACCCAUUGAUGUUGUGGAGGAGAAGGCGAAGGGUGACAACAGUGAUCAGGUUGGAAGUCACACAGAUGUAGAAAUUGUAACGAUGCCAUCAAGUCCAAUUAACGCCAUCGAAAUUGAGACAAAGUCGGAGAAUGCAUCAAAAACAGAAAAUAAUAUGGAAGAUAUUCAAUCAAUUACAGAAAACGCUGCAAGUGACAUCAAUUCCAACGAAGGCAAAGAGGGGGAAUUCUUGUAUACCUGUACAAAUGUAACAACGUCACCAUCUAAGGCUAAUGAUGUUGAAAGUGUCACAAAAUCUGAUACUGCGAAAGCAAGUUUUUCAACACCGAAUUCGCCCUCAUCUUCAAUACGUUAUAUGGAUUUGGUGGAAAAGGCGGCCGAUAUUAUAGAAGUCCACCAACAGCAACAACCAUCUACUGAAGAACUAACUAAACUUAAAGAAUAUGAGGCCAAGUUACAGCAACAACAGCAACAGUUGGAUCAACUACAAGCAGCUUUGACCCAGAAAGAUAACAUGAUAUCAUUGUUCCAGAGGGAAAAUGCCAUAUUGGAGAAAGAAAAAGAAUCGUUCCGAAGAGAAAAAGAUUUGGCUAACAAGGCCAGAGAAUCGACGGUCAUUCAAUUUGCCAUAAAAGAGAAAAGUGUGAUUGAUGCAAAAAAGGAAAAAGAAGUGGUUGAAAAACAAUUGGCCGAUGCUAAGAAAGAAAUCAAGAACUAUACCACAAAAUUUCAGGCCCUGAAUGAAGAGAAGUCCCGAAUAGCUUAUUUAAUGGACGAAAAGUGCAACGAAGUAAGAAAAUACCAAAGAGAAUGUGAAAAACUAAAGACCGAUUAUGGUCAUUUGGAAUCGAAACUGAAAUACCACAUGAAUAAACUAAAUAUGGAAACCGAAGCCAAAUUGGCGUUGGAAAAGAAAUUGGAAGAAGAAAGGAAUGCACCAAAUAAAAUGGAAGAAAAAGCCAAUGAAAAAUUAAAAAUAGAAUUUGAAGCCCAAACAAUACUACUGAAACAUGAAAUUGCCAGUAAGACUGAACAUUUGGACAAACUGCAAAAGGAAACGGAAUCGCAAAAGGAAACAAUUAGACAAUUACAGGAACAGCUAAAACAAGAAACCCAGGAGAAAUCCCAAUUAUCCGAGGCCUAUAAUCACCUGCAAGAGGAACACAAUCAAAUACAAAAUUCCUAUAGCGAAGAAAUGUUGCAAUCGGCCAAAUUGCGGGGCCAGCUGGAGGAGUUACAAGUUUUGAAGACACAAAAUACUUUAAAUGAGGAGAAAAUAGCAAAUUUAUCUUCGGAACUUGGCGAUGCCAAACAGAGAUUAGCAGACAAUGAACAGGACUUGAAAUUGCUGCAUGACCGAGAAAAGGAACUACUUAGCUUUAAUAUGGAAAUGAGUGGCAGCAUAGUGGACCUGCAAAAUCAAAUAUGUUUGUUAAAAUCAAAGGCACAAGGAAUCGAAGCUGAAAAUAUGCUACUGAAAAAAGAAAAAUCUGCCUACGAUGAAAAAUACUUGGCUCUUGAACAGCAAUUAAAACAGGAACAAUUACAAAAGAACGAGGAACGGCUGCUGUUGGCUAAACAUCUGUCCGAGAAAACUAAGCUAUACGAAAAUACCAAACUGAAAUUGGAAAAUGUUCAGGGUGAUUUUGAGGCCACAAAAAAUAAACAUAAUACAAUUGUAAAAGAACUCCAAAGGGAAAUUAUGAAAUUGAAAAAGACACCAGAUCAACAAGGUGAUGCACCACGUACCUACAUAUGUUCCAGAUGCGAACAAACCACGUCUCAAAACAAUGGCUAUCAUAAAAGUGCCACCGAUGAAAGGUUAAAUGCAGAAACGAAAAGGUCACAUAGCCGACAAAGCAGUAUCAGUACCACAGUACAAAGUGUAAGCUCAACAGCGGGCAGCAGAAGGGGUAGUGAGUCUUCCGAAUCUGAUACCGUGACGGGAAGGGAAUUAGAUUUUAAAGAUGAAAAUAAGGGACCUUCCAAAAAACAUUUAGUCGAACGUAUUCUACGUUUACAACAAGCUUCCGCCCGACAAGCUGAGAAAAUUGAUUUCCUCGAACAGCAUAGCCUCUCGUUGGUAGCAGAGCUGCAAAAGAAAUCCAAAGUCGUCCAACACUAUAUGUUGAGGGAACAGGCUGGAGCCUUAACCUCUUCGAAAAGUGAUCAAAAUAAAAGCGAGUUGGCAAAAUAUGGCAAUGGCGUUAUGUCAGCCAUAUAUGGUGGCAUCAAGGGAGUCGAGAACAAAAGCAUGUCUCUAGAAUUGUCCCUAGAGAUUAAUAAAAAGCUUCAAGCUGUCCUGGAGGAUACUCUAUUGAAAAAUAUUACGCUAAAGGAAAAUUUAGAUGUGUUGGGUUUGGAGGUGGAUAAUCUAACAAGAAAAUUAAGACAAAUGGAAUCCAAACGCUAAUUAUAAUCGAGAUCGAUAUAUAAAUUUCUAAGUAUUAUUUAUAUUCCCUAUUAAAUUUAUUGUAUUUAUGUAUGAAAUUUCUUUCGUAUACUAUUAUCUCUAUUCCAAAUGAUUGCUCCAAUGAAUGCAUUUGAUUAAUUGUGUGUUUGUGUCUCAACGAACAAAGGAUGUACUUGUAUGUGUAAAUAUUAGAAUAAUUUAUUACAAAAAGAAAAAUAAAAAAGGUUUCAUACCAUAAAAAGAAAA